AAUAAGGUUUAGACAAGAUGGUUGCUGACAACAUUAAUCUUGGUGGUACAGCUAUCAAGCCAGUAGGCUGGGACAGGUCUGGAUGGGAAAACUUCAAGUACAUGUUGUACGACCCCAGCACAGGAGCCAUUCUAACCAGGACACCUAUGUCCUGGAUUAAAAUCAUUGCCUUCUAUAUUGUGUACUACACCCUUCUAGCUGGUUUCUGGAUUGGUUGUAUGCUCAUCUUCUUCCAAACCCUGCCAGACAACCAACCUAGAUGGCUUCUUACUGAAUCUCUGAUUGGAAACAACCCUGGAGUAGGAGUGAGACCGGGUACCUCUGAUCUCCAUAUUGACAGCAGUAUGUAUCUCCUAAACUCACAGGAUAAGGACAAGAGCCCAAGUAACAAGGAGGGCGAAGGAGAAAAGAACAUUGACUACGCCAGAAGAAUGGAAAUGUUUUUAAAGGGAUAUGACUCCAAAUCAGCUGGACUUGUCAGCUGUGAUGGCUCUGAUGAUAGAAACAACGGAAGGUGCAUCUUUGACCUAUCUGUAUUAGAAUCAUGUGGAACUUAUCCUUAUGGAUUCAUGCCUGUUGAUGGUAAGGUCCAUCCAUGCCUUUUCCUCAAGCUCAACAAGAUCUGGAAUUUUAGACCUAAGGGCAUCAAGGCUGCUAAUGUUGAUGAUCCUGAAUAUGAUGCUAUGAGCGAAGAGCUAAAGGAAAUUAUCCGUACUUCUGGUGAUGCAGACCAGGUUUAUAUUGACUGCAAGGGUCGCUUUCCAGCUGAUGUUGAGGGAGUCAAUCUAACAUAUUUCCCAGCUAACAGAGCUAUUCCAUCUUACUUUUUCCCCUUCUCCGGGGGUAACUACCAGUCUCCUCUGGUGGCAGUUAAGGUUGAACCUGUCCUGAAGGGAACUUUGCUUCAUAUUGAGUGUCGUGCCUGGUUUGAAGGUGUGGUUCACUCUGGAAAAGAGAAAGCGGGUCUUACUCAGUUUGAAGUUCUUGUCAGAUAACUGAACCAACCCAAACCAUUGUCAGCUGAUUUCCACGUGGUCUAUUAAGAAGUGUAUAGAAUGUAUUCCUGAUCUCUUUGGAUGUGUAGUUAUCAACUUGAUACAGUUAGUAAUCUGCUGAGGCUGUGAUGGAAUAUUUAUAAAUAUAUAAUUUAAUGCUGUCUGUUGAUUACUGCCAUGUUGAUAUUUUAUAAUAAAAUUGUUCUGAAUUAG